AUGCCUCCUCCGCCUCCUCCGCCACCUCCCCCUCCUCCAGGCAUGGGAGGGCCUCCUCCUCCGCCGCCACCACCGCCUGGAGGUAGUAAGUCUGCUAAGCCAGCAAAGGGCGCUACCCAGGACCGAAGCGCCCUGUUUGCAGAUAUCACCAAAGGAGCCCCGCGGCUAAAGAAAGCCGUCACAAACGAUCGAUCUGCUCCGUUGGUGGCCAGCGACAAUAAACCCAGUGCACCUGCAAUUGGGGGGGCGCCCGCAAUUCCUGGCAUGCCCAAGCCGCCGGGCGGUUUAGCACCUCCAGUCCCAUCAGCAAACCGAUUAAGGAGCAAUAGCGAAGGAAGACCUGGUGCGAGUGAUGGAGGGGAUUCUGGGGUAGCAGCUGCCCCGCAACUGGGCGGUCUUUUCGCUGGAGGAAUGCCGAAAUUACGAAGUCGUGGUGGUGGUGUGGAUACCGGUGCCAACCGAGAAUCAUCAUCAUAUCUUUCAGAUUCUGAGGCUUCGCGGCCAAAACCACCAACUGGAUCAGCACCGAGACCAACGAUAGGAGCCCCCAAACUUCCGGGGUCACGCCCGCCUCCUGUGCCCCCUAGUGGAGGGGAUGGGCCGGCCGUGAACCCAUUGGUUGCGAAUCUACGAAAACCGCCUCCGCGACCUGCAUCACGGCCAUCGUCUGCAAUUUCAGCAAUCUCUUUCAAAUCUGCUCCAGAAGUUCCCCCACCUCGAGCUCCUCCUCCUGUCCCAGGCUCUUCAAGGCCCCCGCCACCUCCUCCCACAGUCUCGUCAAGGAAGCCGUCAGGAACGGCUCCAGCAGCUCCUCCUCCCCCUCCGCCGCCGCCUGUCACUUCUACGCCUCCCAGUGCUCCUCCACAACCUCCAUCGAAUGCGGCGCCCAGACUUCCCCCAUCUGCGCCUCCGCCACCCCCGUCUUCGGCACCGUCUAUACCCAACGGUGCUUCACCAGCAGCGUCCAUUGCUGUGCAAGCUGCUAGAAAUGCCUUUGGCAAUUCACACGCGCCAUCAGCUCCCCCUGCACCUCCCCCGCCACCCCCUGCUGUAUCAGCGCCCUCGUUACCUGCAGCUCCUCCCCCUCCACCUCCACCUGCAUCACCUCCAGCUGCUCCUCUUGCUCCUCCACCACCACCUGUUUCAGCGCCGCCAACAAGGUCGACGUUGGACCCAAGCGCGUAUACGCUUACAAAUGGAAGCUCUAGUCCGGCAUCUCACACGCUGUCUCACUCGCCGUCUCCAGGACCUACCCGAUCUGUCCAGGACAAUCGUUUCCGAUUUCAAGACGAAAGCCUGUUCCCAAAGCCUCGACCGUUUGCCGGCGGAGUUCGAAGAUACCGUGCUGGGCGAGGCAGCAGUGUUCCGCUCGAUCUUAGUUCGAUAGGUUAA